AUGGCAAAAGUUGACCGGUACAUCAACAUCCUCAGGAGGUUAGGCCACGAAAACACUACCAUUGACUAUCUAAAGAUGGACGUGGAAGGAGCAGAGCUACAGUUCUUUGAAGAUGUUUUCAAUAAAACGCCUCAAGUACUGAGGAACAUAAAGCAGAUCGGAAUGGAAUUUCACCCUGGUAAAAGUGAGACUAGGAAGAAACUCUACUUAAAAUAUGUCCAACUUCUAGAAUGCUUCGGCUUCAAACUAAUUUUUGGACACAUAUUAGAUGUCCCACAUCUUCAGUUCAAGGGGAAUGGCGAAACACGCUCAUGCUGCUAUGAACUGGUCUGGGUUCAGGACAGACAGUGGUAGAAAAAGAGUGGUGUUAGUCUAUGGCACAAGUUCCCAGAUUUCAUCAUAAUCUGUGAUUACAACGAAUUGCAUCCAAACUCUC